AUGGAUUUUCGCGUAGUAACUAGUAAGGAAGGAGACAACACAUCUGUUUGGCACUAUUUUCUCAGGAACAAAAACAAAAAUGAAGCUAAAUGUAAAACAUGCCAAAAAGUAUUGAAAUCAGCCGGUGGUAGUACUAGCAGUCUACUAAGACAUUUAAAGAAUAUUCACACGGUUAAUAUAGAGGCUGCAAGGCAUUCAACAAUCGAAAUAACAGCUCAAGGUAGUGCAUCUUCUUCAAAAGAAAUUCUAGAAGCGCCAAAAAAGAAAACUAAGUUGACACACCAUUUUGAGACUGAUGCAAGCCCAAGUACGCAAGUUAUGGUGUCUCGUAUGGCUGCAGUUGAUGGAAUUCCUCUUAGAACGUUCUCAAAAUCUCAAGAUUUA